AUGCGAUACCCACCCAUCUCAGUGAUCCUGCAAUGGCCAACACCAAACUACGAUAGCCCCGAGACGCGAGGGCCAGCUCUUCUCAUCGUCAACAUCAUCUUCAUGAUCUUGGUCGUUGCUGCCGUUGCUGGGCGGUUCUACGCGAGGACAUACUAUAAGAAAUGGUUCGGCAUUGACGAUGUCAUGUGCGUGUUCGCGCUGAUCUUCACUCUGGCGACAGCAGUGGUGGUGAUUCUGGCGAAUGAGAAGUUUGGCUGGAAUAGGCAUAUCUAUGAUAUCCCAUUCGACUGGAUCGAACGAGCCAACAUCAUCGCCUUCAUCGCCAAACUCACCUUCACCUUCGCCGCGACCUUCAUCCGCCUCUCACUCAUAUGCUUCUACUACCGCCUGGUCAAGGACAGUGGCAUCCGAUGGUUCAACUGGGUGCUGCAUGCCAGCGUGCUCUGGACACUCGCUGUUGGCAUCACGUUCAUUUGCUUGGGUAUAUGGCUCUGCUCACCAGUCGAGUCCUAUUGGAUCUUCCCGCAAAUGGAUGGCGCGACCUGCAUCGACGAGGGCAAGACCAUGCUCGGCGCAGGAGUGGUCAAUACUGUGUCUGAUCUCUGGGUCACGAUAGUGCCUAUCCCGCUCAUCAUGCAGCUCAGGAUGCCGCUGAAGCAGCGCAUGGGUGUGUGCGUGUUGCUAUGUCUCGGCAUGAUCGUCACGAUUGCUGGUGCGCUGCGGACGUACUUCACCUGGAAGAGCUUGAUGGAUAGCUGGGACGAGACCUGGCACGCUUACUCGUUGUGGAUUUGCGCAGCGGUCGAGUUGGACAUAGGCCUAAUCUGCUCCUGCGCCCCAGCCUGGAAAUCCCUCCUCGCCCGCCACAUCGCCGAACUCACCUCCAAACUCUCCUCCCUGCGCACUCCAAACGCCUCUUCCAACGACCCUUCAGCGACCACCCCACCGCCCUCCCGCUUCAACCCUCUGCGCAGCAUACCCUGGUUCCAACACACCCGCUUCGACUUUGAGAGAACGAAGCGAUCGCGUCUCGACGCUUCUGACGAAAUCGCGCUGCAGCAAGUGGAGAAAAGCGGCAGAGUGAGUGAGAUGCCGCUCGACGACGACGGGCAUGAGGAGAGGAGGUAUGGGGCGAGGACGAAGACUCCGCCGCCGCUGCAGAUUUCUUUGCGGCAGAGUUUGGAUCAGCGGAGUGUGCGGUUGUCGCAUGAGGAAGGCAAUGGGUCGAGGGAGAGGAGGUAG